AUGACGACAAAUGAGAAGGAAAUCGAUUCCGAUUCUGAAACAAGUAUUGCGAUAUAUGACGAUGACGACGAUGAUCGAAAUGAUAUAACCGAUGCCGAAGUCCGUCUUUUAAAAAAAGAUUUGGCAAUUAGAUAUUAUGACGAGGAUGAAACAUUUGUUUACAGAGUUGAUAAAAGUAAUAAAAAAAUUCUCAAACCAAAAAACUUAUUACAAUCGAAGAAAAUCAUUUUGGGAAAAAGUAAUAGAUCAGAACUCGAAUCAUACAGAUUGAAACAAUUAAACGAUUUGUUUAUUGAAAUAGACGGUGUUAAAACAUUCGGUAUAAUUUCGAACACUGACGCUGGUAUAGAUGUUAAGAAAAAAUAA